UACAAUAAUGUGCGCACAGGUGAAUAUAUUUGAUAGUCAGCGCAAUGUUAAACAAUACACUAUACAGAACCUGAAGGGCACACUUGUGGUCAAACUACUCGAUUACGGCUCUAUUAUUACAAACAUACUGUUCACAGACAAGACUGGUCGACAACUGGAUCUGGUUUUAGGAUACGACACCUUUGAUGGCUAUCUGCGCAAAGAUAAUCCAUAUUUUGGUGCAUUAGUGGGACGGGUGGGCAAUAGGAUAGCAAAUGGUCAGUUCACUUUAAAUGGUACUAAAUAUCAACUGGACAUCAAUGACUCGGCCGGUCAUAACACACUUCAUGGAGGACUCGUCGGGUUUGACAAAAAAAUGUGGACAUUCAAGACAUCGACACCCGAUUCGAUAACACUAGAAGUGAUCAGUUCAGAUGGUGAUCAACAUUUUCCCGGAAGUGUUAGGGCUGGUAUAACAUAUACUGUAACUGAAGAUAAUGAGCUCAGACUUGAAUAUACAGCACAGUUAUUACCGGAUUCACCGAAAGACACGACAAUCAUCAAUCUGACCAAUCAUUCCUAUUUCAAUUUGAAUGGUUGUACUGAUCCCUCAGCCAUAUCUACUCUUAAUCACGAGCUUCGUAUGAAUGCCGACCAGUUUCUCGAAGUCAACAAARAGCUUAUACCCGACGAGAAGGUGAUCCUCACGCGUGCCCUUCCGGUGAUGGACUUUACGGGUACCACACUUAAGAAGCUGUCCGAUCGGAUACCUAAUCUUAUCGAUGGUUACGAUCAUUGCUAUGUUGUUAACGGAUCCAAAAUUCAGUCAACUAUUUGUGGAAAUCAAACAAUGAAUGAGGCGGUGGUUAUCAGGUCUCCAAUGACUGGCAUAACUAUGAGUUUCUCGACUACUGAACCGGCCUUUCAAUUCUAUACAGGAAAUGGUCUCAACAAUACAUUUACAACUAAAACAACUCAAAGCAAACAACCGCUUAAACUGGACAAACACUCAGCCUUUUGUUUGGAGGGACAGAAAUAUAUCGAUGCCAUUAAUCACACGAAAUGGCAAAAUCAAGUGAUUCUUCAUCUAAAAGAUACUUACAAACAGACGACUGCUUAUAAAUUUACUAAUCAWUAG